AUGUCGUCCUUCCCUAAACAUUCCUUCGAACAGGCUUACGACCAUGCCUUUCCUCCUAGCCCUGUUCAACCUGCAGCCCUCGCCACCAUCUCCGAAAGAUCUCCUUUAAUCUCCAAGGCCCCCCUCACAGCAGGAUCCUCAUCGAACGCAAACAUCAGCAGGGAUACUCUCCAUCCAGGCAACUCUUAUACCUCGAACGACUCUUCUACAUCCUAUGUCACUGCAAAGUCAAACACUCUUGCUGAAACUGAUGCCCUGCUGGAGCAUGAAUUGAACAACGGCCGUGGUGACCAUCUUUAUCCUCAACAGCAACUGCAAGGGCGUUAUGGCGAUAGUGUGUCGAUUCGCAGCAACUCUGCCUUUGUGACAGCUCGGGAACUGACAGCUCGAGAGUUCAAGAUCUUGCUCAAGUACUCUGGCCCCGUUGUGCUUACAUAUGUCCUCCAGAACUCGAUGCAGAUGGCCAAAUUGGCGGCAUCGUCGCUUGCCUCGAUGUUCGCUGCAGUUACCUGCUGGUCGGUCUCCUUGGGUACAGCCACGGCGCUCGACACUCUCUGCUCCCAAUCCUUCACCAGCCACCACCCCCACAUGCUCGGCAUUCACCUCCAGCGCGCCAUCCUCGUUCUCAUGCUCCUCUUCAUCCCCAUCUCAGGCGUCUGGCUCUCCUCCGAACACAUCUUCUCUCUUCUCGGUCAGGAACCAGAGCUUUCUCGCCAUGCGGCUCUUUUCUUGAAGGGUUUGAUGCCCGGAGCACCAGCCUUCUUGAUCUUUGAGUGCGUGAAGAAGUACUUGCAGGCUCAAGGAAACAUGCACGCCAGCACCUACGUCCUCCUGAUCGCCUCACCCAUCAACGUCAUCCUCAACUAUACCUUGGUCUGGAACAAGUACAUCGGUAUCGGAUACAUUGGAGCCCCCAUCGCCACCUCGAUCUCUUACUGGAACAUGCUGAUCCUGUUGUUGCUAUACAUUCGCUUUGUCGACGGAAGUCAAGGAUGGGGCGGUUGGAGUCGCGACGCUUUUACUGGUUGGCCCACUUUCUUGAAGCUCGCCAUCCCUGGUGUGAUGAUGGUGUGUACCGAAUGGUGGGCAUUCGAGGUCGUUUCACUGGCCGCUUCAUACCUCGGAACUAUCAAUUUGGCAGCUCAGUCGGUUGUCGUCCAGACCUCGUCAUUGCUCUACACCAUCCCCUUUGGUGUCUCGAUCGCCGCCUCGAACCGUGUCGGAAAUUUGAUUGGUAAGGGUGAUCAUCGUUCGGCCAAGAUUGCCAGUCGAGUUUCGCUGGUCUUGGCGAUCAUCUUUGGGAUGUUCAACUCGACCAUGUUGUUGAUUCUCAAGGACAGCUGGGGUCGUCUCUUCAGUGACGAUGUGGAUGUCGUCAAAACUGUGGCCAUGAUUCUCCCUCUGGUGGCGCUCUUCCAGAUCAGUGAUGGUAUUGCAGGUGUUGCCGGAGGUGUCCUUCGCGGUGUCGGUCUUCAGCAUUUGGGUGCCUACCUCAACUUGAUUGCCUACUAUAUCGUCGCUUUCCCUAUCGGAUAUAUUCUCACGUUCAAGUUGGACUAUGGAUUGAGGGGUCUCUGGUAUGCGUUGUGUCUUGCUCUGUGGAUGGUUUCUGCUGGAGAGUUCUGGGUGAUUGUCAAGACGAAUUGGCCCAAAGAGGUGGAGAAGUGCAAGGCCCGCAAUGAUUUGUUGGCCAGGCGGCGGGCUUCUCUCCAGGCUGAGAUUGACGCUGAGUUCCCUGAGGCAGGACAUUCCCACUCUGCUUAA